UCAGUAUGUAUAGGAUGAUAUAUUGCACAGUGCACCACAUUGGCAAAUGACUGAAAUUUUACCACAUAAUAUUAGGCAAGAUAAAAAAAAAAACAAGUUUCUGAUAAACUAUAACUGUCAUUGUUACUUGAGAGAAGAACAAGUUCGAAAAUGUUUGACAAAUACUAUAGAAAUACAUAUCGAGAACAUUAGUGUGGCGUGGUAUUUUAAAUCUAUGUCAGAGUUGUUUGACCUGUGAUAUCUUAGAAUUUAGAUAUCGUCGAUUCUAAAAUCUCUGAUCUGAUGUGUUUCGAAGUUCAGCGAAGUUAUAUUUGUUAUAGGUAAUUAUCAUAUUCUUCAAUGUCAAAUUACACAAUACUAUAUAGUAAUAUAGUGAAUUAAUAUACAGACAUAUGUCUUGUACGUGAUAUGGACUGUGAUACAUUAACAAAUUGUGAAAUACACCUUUAAUGCUUCGAUUUGCAAUGCAAAAAAAUGUAGGAAUUCAUAAAUAUUUAUGUGUGUUAUAGGUUAACAUAAGUAUCAUAUUAUAAUCCAUAUUUUUUCCAAGUAAAUUAUUAUCAAUAGUCUCAAGUAAUUUAUGGAGAGAAACGAAAAUUUUAUAAUGUUCAUAUUUUAUACAACACACACUGCCUUAGCAAAGAAGAAAUUAUACCUAUAGGAAGCCUAGUUAUUCAUAAUACAAGAUCUAGCUUUCUCUCCCUGUGAUGGUGACUGUGCAAUUAUUUAGUCAUUGGCAUUUAAUUAAUCUUAAAACAAGUGCAUCUUUUUAUAUAAAAGUCUUGCCAAUGAGUUACUUGUAAGAGUACAUAUUAAAAAAUGGCAAUAAUUUAUUUUUGUGCUCAUAUCCUUAGUAUUUGAUAGAUAUAAUGAUAUAUCAUGACAUGAUUCUGUGGAUAUUAUAAUCAAUAAGAAGUAUAUUUUCUGGAAGCAAUAAAUAAAAUAAAAAGAUGGAUAGCUCAGAGUAUGAGACUGUACGAAAUAUGACACUUUUAUUUUUUUUGGAGCUUCUUGUGGAUAAAGGUGGUCCACGAACAUUACAUGAUUUAAGCUGUCAGUUUGGAGCUAAGGGAUUUACAAAAGAAAUGCGCCAAAUAGCUGGUGGAUCACAGAGUGGUCUUAAAAAGUUUUUAGCUCAAUAUCCAAUGCUUUUUCUUAUUAAUGGUGAUUAUGUAUCAGUGAAUACAUUUCAACAAGUUGUAGAAGAAGAAAAUGGGUGUAAAUUAGGAGGGAAACGCGAUUAUGCUCGAGAGGCUGUAGAAUAUUUUACAAAUAAAUUAAUGCAAUAUGGCGUUGGUACAGAAGUACCAAUAAAAAGUCUUUUGGGACAUCGGUCUCAGGCUUCUCCAGAAGUUAGACAUAUUUCUGGACAACAUUAUAAGGAGUUUAGAGACUUUCUUAUAAAAUAUCCUGAUGCUUUUGUAGUUACAGAAGAUAAUGUAAUGUUAAAGCAAUAUGAAGGCAUGAAGGCAGAACCUUUCGUGGAGUUAGAACCUGAUAUACCUAUAGACCCAGAGAUUACUGCAAAAUUAUUAGAUUUUCUGUGUGAGUGUAUUGAACAAAAGGGUCCAAUCCUUGUAGAUCAAAUGUUCAACAUAGUUAAUGAUAAAUUUUCUUAUGAAAAUUGGAACUCAAUAUUUAAGACACCGCAGGAUUUAUGUACAUUUGUUAAAAUGUUCCCAGAUGCAUUUCACGUUCAAAGUAAUCUAGUAACAUUAAUUGGAAGACCAAAAUCUUCCCCUAUAGAAGGAAAAGCAAAAACAAGAUUUCCAAAUUCUACAAGAAAUCAAAAUAAUACUUCAGACAAAGCAAAUAUAAAUCAAGUUAUUCAACCAAACAAUACUCAAGCAUCCCUGCAAACAGUUAAUUCAGAAUCUAUUAGUACCAAUGUUACAAGUCAGAUUAAUUCUGUACAAAAUUCUCAUUCUUCAUCUAUUGAAAGUAAUAGUAGCUCUCCUCCAGUAAGCUUGCAACAACAAACUUUGAAACAAAGAAUAAAUAUGCUUGUAAUGAAGACUUUAGCGGAUAAUACAGAAAAGGAUAGAAGUUUACAAACCAUGCAAAUGGGAGAUGCUUGGAAAUUAAAGAUAUUGCAACAAACUAAAAUAAUAGCAAAUGCCAGGGAGAGUCUUCAAAUUAUAGAAGAUAUAAUAAAUCCUCGUAAGCCUCCUCCUAAUGGUAAAAUAGUUGUUUCAUUUGACUGUGAAGGAAUAAAUUUAGGAGUUAAAGGACAAUUGACACUUGUACAAAUUGGAACUAUGUCAGGACAAGCAUAUGUGUUCGAUUUAUUUGCUUGUCCUAAUCUUGUACAAGCUGGAGGCCUUCAAAAACUUCUAGAACAUAAAGAUGUUAUUAAAGUGAUUCAUGAUUGUAGGAAUGACAGUGUCAAUUUGUACAGACAAUUUAAAAUUAUGUUGAAUAAUGUUUUUGAUACACAGGCAGCUCAUGCUGUAUUGCAAUUUCAAGAAACUGGUAAACCUGUAUAUAAAGUUAAGAAUGUUAAUUUGAAUACACUAUGUGAUCAUUAUGGUGCUCCAAGUAAUCCAUUAAAAGAACAAUUGAAAAAUAUCUAUCGUAAUAAUCAAAGAUACUGGUGUAGGCGUCCAUUAACACGAGAUAUGCUCAUUUAUGCUAGCAGUGAUGUUCUGAGUUUGGUUCCACAAAUAUAUGUCUCCAUGUCUAGACUUAUAAAACCAGAAGUACAAGGUCUUUUUAAUGAGCUGUGUGAGGAGCAAAUUCAAUUACAUAUUAAACCUGCAGAAGUAAAAACGCGAAAGAAGCAACGGAAAGUGGAAACAGAAGUUGCAGAUUUGAAAAAAAGAAUGGAAGAAGCAACUACCAAAAAUAUUGUUUUAAGCAACCGUGAAAUACGCCUUUUGCGUUAUCUUGAUCUUACUGAAGAUGAGAAGGAGAAACUGAAAGGUAGUUAUAAAGUUGCAAGAAAAUUAGAAAAACUUGAAAACAUGGGUCAAGAUAAAGGAGAAAGUAGUGAUGAUGAUGAUGAUGAUAAGAUUGAAGAUUUGCAAUAUCAUAGUAUAGAAAGUUAUACUUCUGAAAAUUCACAUUCUGGUGGUCUAGUGUCAUCACAGAAUUCUGAUACUCUAAGCCUCACAGAAUCAAUGCAAAUGGUGGAUGAAAUUCUUUCUGAUGGACGAAUGGAUAGAUUUGAAAAGAUUGAAAAAUUAGAAGCUAUUCUUUCAGCUGUUACUGGUUCCACAACUGAUCAGUUUUCCUCAAGCAGUGCAGAUGUAUCUCCGACAAAGUGUGUAUGCUCGUGUCAAGAUAAAAAUAAAAGUCCACGACCAGAUUAUAAUACCGUAACUAGUGUGGCUUGCCAAACAUAUAGUACAGGUGAUAUAGUAAUUACCAAAAUAUUUCUCACGGAAGAAGAAAAGGAACGUAUAGAUUUAUUGAAUUCGCCAAAAAAGUAGAUAUGUCAUAGUUAUUGUGAAAGUGGUAAGGAAGGAAGUUGCCAUUGUUAGAUUUUUACGAAAAAGACGAAUAGGUGAUGAGAAAUAAAACAAUCUAGGUAAAAAUUGAUAUAUUUUAUGCAGUUUGACAAAAUUCUAAUUUUAAACUACAGCAAUCAGGUACAUUAAUAUUCGGUACAAUUUUUUUUCCAACUCUGAUUCUGUAGUAAUCAGAAUUUAGGAAAAAUUUGUUUUUUAAUGACAAAAAUUCAGUAUUGUGAAAUAUUUCAUUUUCAUAGAUGAUUAUCUUUCUUUACUAGAUACAAGAAGGAAUAAUCGAAUUAUGUAUUUACUAACAAGAAUAUUUGAUGAAAUAUUUUUUAGAAUAAUUUACGUUGCUCCUCAGGACUAAAACAUUAAUGUUGUUCCUCUGUAAAAAAAUAUAAACAUAUAAAUGUUUUAAUGAUACUUUAAAACAAAAUUUUAUUCAUUUUUAUAUUACUACAGGAGUAUAGAAUUAUAUUAUAUGUAGAAAAGAAUAAUUUUUCAUGUUAAGUGCUGCAUUAAAAUCGCUAUCUUACAUAAUGUGCUUUUUAUAUAUUUUUGUAUGAAAAUAUUUUCAGUUUUAUUGAAAAAUAUUUUUGAUAAUAUUCACUUUUAAUAAAUGUUUAUGGAAGUAUACAAAAAUGAUUAGUAAAAUAAAUAUAAAUAUGUAAAAUAGUCAUUUUACACAUUUGAUAUGCCCAAUUUUUUUGAAGUUGUAUUUGUGCUAAGUUCUAAUAUACUGUUUAU